UUUGUGUUUACAAUACUGUACUAUGAACGAAACACGAUGAACAUUUCACUAGCAGCUCUUGUGAUACUGUCUUGUUAUUUACAGAUUAACCAGGUCCAGUCACAAUACGGAUCAUGUUACGGAGGGCAGCCUGUUUGUGGUAUCAACGGGAGGACGUACAGGAAUGAAUGCGUGGCUAGACGAAGAGGCAUCACCAUAGCAUGCCGAAGAAGGUGUCCUUGUAGGUCUGACUGUAACUGUACCAGGGAAUACCGACCUGUGUGUGGAGGAAAUGAUCAAACAUACAGCAACAGGUGCAUGGCCAGAUGCGCGGGUGUUAGAGUACAAUGUCCUUGGAGGUGUCCUUGCUUUGUUAUUGGAAAGUAAUCCGAUUUCGGAUAGAAGACAACAGUAUGGUCGCAUCGACAGUGGCCAUAUACAACUCCCUACCUAUCUAGCCACGAAGUGCCGGAGAGGGAGGCUGCUGGACUAAAACUUACGACUGUGUCACUCAUUACUUGACAAAUUAAGCAUGCAGACUAAGUCAUUAAAUCUCCCUAACAGGAAUUCUUCAGCAACGAUCCAAGGAACAGAAUACAAAUAUAUAACAGACAGGUGUCAGGAAAACAGGGUGAAGUGUCUCAGAAUUAAAUAUCUCACUAGCGUACAUAUAUAGAGUUUUGAUAUGCGACCUAAUGUGCCAUAUUUAAUCAAAAUCUAUGUUAACAAGGUAAAAUAAAGCAUUUGAUUGAAUUA